CCCCCCUAUUCACAGAAAAAAAAAUAAAUAAAAAGAAAAUUAUUCAAGCACGCCUGGCGAAUUGAUAUUGAUUGCGCGCUUUUCCUCAAUUGGCAAACAAUUGACUAACAAUAACUAAAAAGUUGCUCUCAUCCCGCAUUCCGAGUGUUUGUUGUUGUUUAUUGUUGUGCAAAGAGAGCGGAAGGCAGAGUGGAGAGAGCGGAAGGGCAGAGAGAACAGGCAUAGAAAGCACGGCAAUUGACAGCACGUUACGUAUACGCCUCUUACGCCCCGCAUUUAGCAUUUGUUUGCCAAGUUUGCUGUGUGCUUGAGUGUGUAUAAAAUUAUUAAGAAACAAUUACGUGCACGGUGCCAAACAAUUAACUCGAUGACCCAAAGUGCAAUAAAACCCCCACUGAAUCAUGAAACUGAAUACAAAAGUUAAACUCUGAACAUGAAUGGUGAGAAGAGGCACACAGCAUGAAUGCACAAACAAGCUGGAAGUGAUUUUUUUUAAUUUAGUGAAAAUUGAAGUUUUGCUUAAAGAUAGCAUGCUUAUACAUAUAUAUAAGUGUUAUAGCGUGAUAAUCUAAAUAGGAACGCUGCAAACAAAUAUUUGAAUCCGUAGAAUGUGACUAUUUAUAAGAAGUUUAAGGUCAGCAGAAAUGGCGUGAAAACCAUAUAAACGAAAAAGUCAGACCAAAGUAAAAGCUGGCAAAAAUGAAAAUAAACAUAAACAGACAAAAAUCGGGGUGCUCUUUUUAUUUGCUUUGCGAGGCCUGCAGAAUGGAGUUUGAAGUGAGCAGAAAAUCAAUAGCAAACACAAAUAACAAAAGGAAAGUGAACAGCUUGCUUUAACUUAAAAUGGAAUAAUAAAAAUAAAGACUUUGUAAAUACUAAAAAUCACACUGCUAAGCAUGGCUUAAAAGGCAAAACUGAAAAUGAAUGGCAACAAUGGAGACAAGACAGCAGAAGUUGAGCAGAGUUAACAAGACAACAGGAAGAGUCGAGUAAUUUAUGUAGGGGUGUUUUUCCCACAAACUCCAAACUCCAGCUGCAGUGGAGUUUUGAAGUGAGCAGAAAAUCAAUAAGCAACUUCCCCACCCCCAACUUGCAACCAAAAAUGUAGAAGCUCCAAAAGCACACCCCCACAAUCGGAAAGCAUAAAGCAUAAGUGAACAAAAGCGUUAGCGAAUCAAUUGUUGGCCCGAAAUAUUGGCCCGCCUGCAGUGACACAAUUCCGGUCGAAAGCCACUCGGCCAUAAAGCAAAAGUGUCAUCCGCCCAGCUCACUGAAUAUAUUUUUGGUUUGGUUUCCGCUCUUGUUUUUCAUUUCAUGUUUGCUUGCUCUGCCCGCCGUUGUUUUUUUUUCUUCGACUAAGAACAUUUAGCACAGCAAACUAAAAUUAGCCAGCACGCCGUCGACAGCGAUGAGAACUUACAAAAUCUGUCGCCAACUGCAGGCAAAGUUUGCGGCCGCGUAGCAGCAGGAAAUGUCCCACGACUAUCAAUAGCCAAUCCAGAACCGAACCGAAUCGAACCCAGAGCCCAGAGACCAGAAGCACCGGAAUCCAAUCCACCAGGAAGCCGGCAGCCAAGGGGAGCCGCAGGGGAGAGUCCGCACCAGUUCCUAUGCAGCUAUAUCCGAGUUUAAAUGAAAUUGAGCAAGAGCCUGGCAAACUGUCGCGCCAUCCGGCGCUAUUUGCUCAUCUUCACGGCCGUGUCCCUGCUGCUCCUGCCCCUCUCCCUGGCCUACCUGGUGUGGAACGAGCAGCUGCAGAAGAUCCGAGGAUUCGAGGACAGCAACCAGACACUCCUGCCCCUCAUCCCCGAGUAUGCCGUGCAGACACUCACGCCGCAGGAAAUGCUCCAGGUGGAGCAGCGGAUGGACCAGCGCAGGGAGCGGCUGAAGGACAAGUGCUCCGCCUACGGCCUGGAUGUCCUGGGUCACGACGCGUGGCACACGCCGAACACGUGGGAAUUUCUGGUCAACAAAAAGUAUCACAUUAUCUGGUGCAAUGUCUUUAAGGCUGCCUCCUCGUCCUGGAUGUUCAACUUCAACGUCCUGGCCGGCUACUCGCCCAGCUAUCUGCGCAAAACCAAGAAGAUCCUCCUCAACCUGGCCAGGGAGCGCUAUCCCAGGGUGACCCUCGACGAGCUGCGUGAGGCGCAGAACUACUCGGUGACCUUUAUCAUCGCACGCGAUCCCUUCGAGCGGCUGUUGAGUGCCUAUCGGGACAAGAUGGUGUUCGCCCUGCCCUACUCCUUCCACGAUAAGUUGGGUCGCAGCAUUGUGCGCAACUACCGCAAGAAGCCCUCUCUGGCUGCUCGUGCGGCCAACACAAAGUUCCCGUCGUUUCCGGAAUUCGUGCACUGGCUGCUCGACCAGGUGAAGCGCGGCAGCUUCAUCGACAUGCACUUCGUGGCGGCCACCUCGUUCUGCACACCCUGCCUCAUCCGGUUCGACAUGAUACUGAAGUUCGAGUCGCUGGCGGAGGAUCAAUUAUAUCUAAUCGAAAAGACUGGCCUCAAGCGGGUGAUAGCGCCCGUGUGGCGCAACAUGGGCAAGGGCCGCAAGACGCACGAGCUCCAGCAGCAGUUCUACGCGCAGCUGACGCGCCAGGAAAUGCUGGAGCUCUACGAGUAUUACAAAUACGACUUCGAGCUGUUCGACUACGAUAUCCAGGAGUAUCUGCAGGUUGCCCGGCCGGAUGAGGCCGAAAGUCCGGCGGGCACAAAAAAUUAAACUAGCUCUGAAUUCUUAGACUUUGCUAAAAACCAAUGAAUCAAGUUCAACGAACUCACAUAUUAGCCGUCACAGUACGUAAUUGCAAAUGUUGAUAAUACUGAAGAAAACAAUAAUAAACUUAGCUAUAUUUAAACGAA